AUGCACUUCUCAGCUCGGAUUGCAGUCUUGUUGCUGCCCCUUCUGAUACCGUUUUCCCUUGUCAACUCCCUCCUCGCCCCAACGGAAUCGCCAGAGAGUGGCAAGACAUGCACGAACCUCACGGACACGUUUGAUGAGGCUGGCUUCGUCCUAGUUCCUCAACUCACACCGGUCGGCAUGUAUCAUGGACACACAUACGGUGGGUUUGCCACCUCGUCAGAAAGCAAGCUGCUGGGCACAAUUGGUGGAGUCAACGCAAAGUCGUCACCCAAUGUGGCCUCUAGCACCAUCUUGAACGACCUCAUCCAGCUGGGCCAGCUCACUCUCCAGCCCUUCGGCAACAUCACCGCAUCUCCCUCUCAGUAUUUUGAUAUCUACUCCGGUUGGCUCGCAUGUAUCCUCAUGCAAGGAAAUCCGCAGGCGCCAGCCUUGCCAUCGGGAUGUACUGUGACGGUGACGGGUGUCGGCAAGGAUAACAACGUCGUUCCGGAGUAUACGGUCUCAUUCUCGCCGACAAGUCUCUUAGCCAACUCUAUGGUUUUCUUCCAGCUGCCAGACACCUUCAGGAACCUCAUCAGCGUCACAUUCGGGGUAGCAACUUCAACUGUGUCCCCGGAACUUUCCGUCUUACUCCUCGACGAUGUCACUGUGUGCUCUUAUUCUUGA